GACACGCAGCCCCACUCCUACGCGCUGUCACAGAGAGACCUUCGCAUGCUGGGACAGCGAACAACAGUCUCCAGACCGGAGCUGAACACUCACGCCUUUAAGAAAUGAACAGACGCUGACGGAUUUUUCAGAUUGAAGAUGACACCUCUAUAAACUACCGUCUCCACACUCACUAUUAUGUGGCGUCUUGAUUGAAUGUAAUUUUUUCACACCAAGGAAAAAGGCGAAAAAAAGACGCAACUCCUUCAUCGCCAAGUUUCGGCGCUUCGGUCACACUGGAGGGAGGCAACGAUGGCAGCCUCGGUGACAGCGACACUUGCUCUCCUGGCUCUCACCGUAGCAUCUGCCCUGGGCGCUGAGGUGGAGGAGAGACUAGUAAACCACUUGUUGUCUCCAGAGCGGUAUAAUAAGUUGAUCAGACCAGCGGUCAACAAAAGCCAGCAGGUGACCAUCUACAUCCAGGUGUCCCUCGCACAGCUUAUCAGUGUGAAUGAGAGGGAACAGAUCAUGACGACCAACUGCUGGCUCACUCAGGGGUGGCAUGACUACAGGUUAAUGUGGGACCCUGAGGAGUAUGAAGGCAUUAAAAAGAUUCGCCUGCCUUCCCAACACAUCUGGCUUCCAGACAUUGUCCUCUACAACAAUGCAGACGGGACCUACGAGGUGUCCUUCUACUCCAACGCCGUGAUCUCCAACAACGGCGAGGUGGCCUGGCUCCCGCCCGCCAUCUACAAGUCGGCGUGCAAGAUCGAGGUGCGCGACUUCCCCUUCGACCAGCAGAACUGCACGCUCAAGUUCCGCUCCUGGACGUACGACCGCACGGAGAUCGACCUCAUCCUGCUCAGCGACUUUGCCAGCCGCGACGACUUCAAGCCCAGCGGGGAGUGGGACAUCGUGGCGCUGCCUGGCCGCAAGAACGAGGACCCGUUCGAUGCCACCUACCUGGACAUCACAUACGACUUCAUCAUCAAGAGGAAGCCGCUGUUCUACACCAUCAACCUGAUCAUCCCCUGCGUCCUCAUCACCUCCCUGGCCAUCCUGGUGUUCUACCUGCCCUCCGACUGCGGGGAGAAGAUGACCCUGUGCAUCUCCGUCCUGCUGGCCCUCACCGUGUUCCUGCUUCUGAUCUCGAAGAUCGUCCCGCCCACCUCGCUGGCCGUGCCGCUGAUCGGCAAGUACCUGAUGUUCGCCAUGGUGCUGGUGACCUUCUCCAUCGUGACCAGCGUGUGCGUGCUGAACGUGCACCACCGCUCACCCAGCACGCACACCAUGCCCCCCUGGGUCAAACGCAUCUUCCUGUACCGCCUGCCCUCCUUCCUGUUUAUGCGGCGCCCGGGGAGCUCGAACAUCCGGGAGCGUUUCCGCCGGAAACACCAUCAGCGCUCGUACUACUCCGACCUCAAGCUGAGGGACGGGGCGGUGGCGGUGGCUGGGGCGGCGGCAGCGGCGGCGGCGGUGGCAGAGUCAUCGCCCUCGUCCUUCUUUGCGAACGAGGAGUCGGCACGACGCUACGGCUGGAGGAUCAGCGACAUGGCGGACAACACGGACUUCAGGAAGAGGAUGUCGGUCAAGUAUCACGCCGGCGUGGACGAGGCGGUGGACGGGGUGCGCUACGUCGCCGAGAAGAUGAAGAGUGAGGAUGACGAUGAAGGGAUCAUUGAAGACUGGAAGUACGUAGCCAUGGUGAUUGACAGGCUGUUCCUGUGGAUCUUCGUGUUGGUGUGUGUGACUGGCACCUUAGGCCUCUUUAUGCAGCCUCUCUUCCAGAGCUACAACACCCCCACAGUGGACGAGCUAGAACAGAACUGAACCCUAACCCUCCCCCCAUUCCUCCUCAACACUACUGACCCCCCCAACACUGAACAAACUGCUCCUCCCCGGCAGAUAAAGAACUGUGUAAAGGUUUUUAUGCACCGGCGCACACACACACCAACACCUGCUUUCUAACUCUUCUAGUGAUGCCCUUGGCUUCCACCCAUACUACUGCAUAUAGAGGAAAGAGAGGCCUCCAUCCUCAUCCUCCCCCUUUC